AUGAAAAAUCAAACCACAGUGACUGAAUUUAUCCUCCUGGGACUUUCCAGUGACCCACAGAUGCAGAUUUUCCUCUUUUUCCUUUUUUUAGUUAUUUAUCUAAUCACUCUGGGUGGUAAUAUAGUGAUCAUGGUGGUGAUAACAGCUGAUUCUCCCCUUCACACCUCUAUGUACUUCUUUCUCUUCCAUUUAUCCUUUGUUGAUAUCUGCUAUUCCUCAGUCACGGUGCCUAAAAUGCUGAUGAAGUUCCUAGCAGAGCAAAAAACUAUUUCUGUCAAUGGUUGCAUUGCCCAGAUGUUCCAUUUUAUCCUCUCAGCUGGUGCUGAAAUUUUCAUUCUCUCAGCCAUGGCUUAUGACCGUUAUGCUGCCAUCUGUGAUCCAUUACAUUACAUGCAGACAAUGAGCAAAGGGAUCUGUGUUCAGCUGGGAAGUGGUUCAUGGACCAUGGGUUUCUUCUAUGCCCUUCUUAACACAGCUUUUGCCCUCAAGUUGCAUUUCUGUGAGCCCAAUCAAAUCAACCAUUUCAGCUGUGAGCUCCCUCCUCUGUUACAGCUGUCCUGCACUGAGACCGUUACCAAUCAAGUGGUGCUUCUUACUUCUGCUGUGGAAUUUGUGCUGAGCUCCUUCCUCCUCACCCUGAUCUCCUACAUUCACAUCAUCUCCACCAUCCUGAGGAUACGCUCUGCCGAGGGCAGGCAUAAAGCCUUCUUCACGUGCAGCUCCCACCUGAUUGUGGUUGGCUUGUUGUAUGUGACAGGUUUUCUCCAGUACACAAAACCCAGCUCAGUCUCCUCUGUGGUGCUGGAUGAAAUAUUCUCCAUCCAGUACAGCAUGUUGACCCCCAUGUUAAACCCCAUCGUCUACACCCUGAAAAACAAGGAGGUGAAAACGACUCUAAGGAAUAUAUUGGGGAAAUUCAGGUUUCUCAGUUAGUGUUGAUUCUCUCAUUUUUUGAAAGUCAGAAAGCAUAGAUUUGUGAGUAACUAGUGUUUGAGACUUUCUCAGCUCAGAUAACUGAAUGACGCUUUGGGCGAAAUCCUCCACAGAUGCAGUGCAGAUCCAUUGAAGUCAAUUAUCCAGAUCCUCCACAUGUAUAAAUCAGCAUAGCUCCAUUGGAACCAAUGGGUGCUGGAGUUAGACCCACAAAGGGUCUUGAACAAGAGAAAUUGAGAGAUAUCCCAUAAUGCAGUGGCCAAGGCAUGCACCUGGGAGGGGACAGAUCUCUGUUUCAAUCAUUUCUCCUCAUCAGACACUUAAAACGGGGGUCUCCCACAUUUGAGAUGAGUACCAUUACCACUGUGAUAAAAGUUAUGCUGGAGCUCCUCUUCCUAAUUGUGUUUUCUUGUUUCCGUACAAUCAAAUGGAUAUAACUGGCCAUGAACAAAUUCAGGCUGGAAAUUAGAGAAAGGUUUCUCACCCUCAGAAGCAUGAGG